UCCCGCAGUAUUAUGCUGAUGUUUCAUAAUAUUUUUACAAUUUAACGGAAACUCCUGAACAGUUGUUUAACUAUUUGUUAACGUUCACCAUGAUUCAGUUUUCGGUGUAUAUUUUCUUGACUGCUCAAGUUUUAUUUUUUAUCAAAGCUGAUCCACUUAUGGGUAAACGUAUUUUUCGAGCGGAUCCUCAAAAAUUCUUUUUCAUUGUUUCAUUUAGACAAAAAGAUUCGGAAGCACUGUUAGACAGUGAACACUUCUGUACUGGAUCAGUUAUUACGCAGAUACACGUUAUAACAGCUGCACACUGUUUUGAAGAAAGAAUAGAAAGUGAAAUCGAAGUGAUCACUGUGGGGCAAUAUUGGAUAAGGUCCUAUGUCUAUCACGGAAUUGAUUAUUGGUUGUUAUAUGACCCAUGGGCUCUAGCAAAUGAAAAAACUAUUGUGUAUCCAUUUGACGAUAUGGCAAUCGUUAAGUUAAAAUCGCUGGUAAAUCACGAUGGUAUAACACCUGUCUCCCAUACAAAUUUGAAUAACAAAUAACUAUAUGGGACGACGCCAAUUAUAGUUGGCUGGAAAUACAUAAAUGAAAAUUCGCUCUCAAUGGUCUUACUGCAAGGGGACGUGACGAUUUUAUAUUCCGCUAAGUCCGAGAAUCUAUUAAAAUUGGUGACUAAUCGAAAAAUUAUAGUAAAUGAAAAUGAUCUGGCUACUUUCGCCGAACCAUAUAUACUCGCUGAACUCUGGUGCCGACCAGUGCGCCGCUGAGCCCUGGAGCCGAUCGGUGAUUUUUGCGCGUGUGCCGUGAGCAGUGAGUAAGCAGUGAGUAAGCAGUAAGUAAGCAGCAAGUGAGCGGAGAGUGAGCAAAUAGCAACAACAGCAGCAACAGCAGAGCAGCAGCAACACAGAACAGCGAGUAGCGAUAGCAGCAGCAACGGCAGCAUCGACGGCAGUAACGGUAGCGGUACUACAGCAGCAUUAGCGUCGGUGGCCGCGGCCGCGAUCGUUUUAAGAAAGUGCUCGAGUAAGUACGCUUCUCUAUUAAUCAUCGCGCGAUUACCGAACGUCCGCGUUACGGGAGUGCCGCACGACCCUCGCGCGUCCGAUGAUACCGUUUUCAUGCAUACUUUCGUCGCUGACCUUCCGGGCGAUUUCUUCGUUGUGCCGUUACAUUGUCCGUUGUCCGAAAGACAAAUUCUUUGAGUGCGCACGUCUAUGUACCGUAAAUUCGUCGCUUAGCCUUACCGAUUUAUCGACCGACAAAUGAGUUUUUCCCCGUUGUCGCGCGGAAAGCGAAGCGUUCGUGUGCGUACUUGUUACCAGUUUUCCUCGAAGCGAUUUUCCCCCGCGAGUUGCUAUUUUGAUGAAACACAGCAUGACCUUCGCGCAGGAGAGGAAUUCAUACGCGUGUCGAUAGACUCCUUUGUGAAACCGGUCGAAUGUAUAUUGCGCGAGUCGCGUACGACCAUCGUCCGACCGACGAGUUUUCCGUGCACACAUCACUAGCCCUUGUUUCGUUACGUGAUUGUUGCUGUGAAGUGUUAACAACAUCGGUCGAGUAGUGACUAACCUUCGCGCGACCGACCGAUUCCUCGCACGUGUGUUUACCUCAAGCGAGCUUGAAUUUUCGUCGCGAAGUAGGUAACUCGAUAUUACGUAAUCGCAUUCGCAAUCCACGGGACUGUCCGUCCCAGCUAUCGCCCGCCUAAGUCGACGUUGCGUCGCGGUCCGCCAUUCGUGCCCCUAUUAACUUAGACUAGGUAGACCAUCGCGAGGGAUUGACUGCUGGGCUGACCAAGGGGAAUGUUGGCCUAAUAAA